GCGAAACGGCACAUCGCGACGAUCGUUUCAACUCAGCCAGGCCUGCUCGCCUCGACCAAACUCCAAAAACUUCCAAUCGCUAAUUGAUAAUAUCUAUCAUGUCGCUGUCGCUUUUCGGCAGCUCCCCGUCGGAUGGUUCACCCGAACUGCCGAAUAACUUCGACAACAGCAGAUCCUCACUGUUCGAAGACGAACCGCCAAUGACCAAGUCCACCACCUCGGCAUUGUUCGCCGACGAUGAGGCCGGCUCCGACUCGCCGUGGGACAUGCCGACGCCCCGAAAACAACAAACCCGCGCCGACCUUAUUCGAACCCUCCUCCCCGCUUCCGAGGUGCCCGACAGCUACAUUGAGGCCUUUGACAAGGUCGUCGCGGAAGAUGGCAGCGGAGGCCGCAUCAUCGCGGGCGGAGUUGCGAGGACCCUGGCCGCCGCAAAGCUCGGCGCCGACGCCCAAGCGCGAAUAAUGUCCAUUGUUGCACCAGGCGGCAGCCGUGAAGAAGUGUCUCUGGACAGGAACCAAUUCAAUGUGUUACUGGCCCUGAUUGGCCUCGCGCAAGAAGGCGAAGGGGUUAGUCUCGAUGGGGUAGACGAGCGACGCCGAGGUCCCGCCGUGCGUGCGCGAGUGGGCCCAUGUUUUGCACCUGUCACCUUAUCGGAGCUAACCCAACUGCGCCAAUCCCCAGAUCUCCCCCAGCCGACCCUUCACGGCCUUGUCGAGAACACACCAGCCCUACCGCAAGUAGAGGAACUGGCCGCGAAGUCGCCACAACGAACAGCGACACCCCCGAGAGCCCCCGAGCCCGCCUCCCCAGCACGGCACCGCAGCAUCAGAAAGCCACCAUCGAUGGACUACCCCGAAGACCCGUGGAACAGCCCCGACCUGCAUAGGGGCCACAACCACGGCCCCGAGAUGCCGCGCCCAAAUGGCCAUGACAGGUCUGUAUCGGCCGGCCCCCUAAACGGGGGUGGCUUCGGGACCAGCCCACAGGCGACUCUGCCCCGCCGUACCACGUCCACAUUUACGACUAGCGUCCCUCCCUCGGGUGCUGGUUCGGUUACGGAAGGACCGGCUGCGUGGGGAUUUUUAGACUCCAACGCGCCUGCCGCCGGGCAGUUCAACGAGCCGCCGGCGAAUCCCAUCGCUCAGGCUCCGUUUGGCGGCGUUGCCGCUACCGCUGUCCCGCAGGAGGCGGCUAGUGUCCAGCCCCCGACGCCAGCCAUCAACAGGACCAUCGGUGGAGGUCGGAACGGGGCAGGUGUGGAAGAACACAUCCUGGUGACAUUAAUGCCGGAGAAGGAGGGCGUGUUCUUCUUCCAACAUCACAACUACGAGGUAACCAGUUCGAGGAGAGGAAGCAAGGUGGUUCGCCGGUACAGCGAUUUCGUGUGGCUGCUGGACUGCCUGCACAAACGAUACCCUUUCCGAGUCCUGCCGCUCUUGCCGCCUAAGAGAGUCGCAGUCAACGGAAACCACCUAUCCAAUGAUGGCGCCUUCAUAGAAAAAAGGCGCCGCGGCCUUGCUCGGUUCCUGAACACGCUGGUCCGCCACCCCGUGCUCGGCCAGGAACAGCUGGUCAUUAUGUUCCUUACAGUCCCGACGGAACUCGCCGUAUGGCGCAAACAGGCCACCAUCUCGGUGCAAGACGAAUUUGCCGGCCGGCCCCUGCCCCCCGGCCUCGAAGACUCCCUACCGCCCACGCUCGAAGAGCUUUUCGCCCGCACCCGCUCCGGCGUUAAGCGGAGCGCCGAACUGUACAUCACCAUUUGCAACCUCAUGGAUCGGCUGGUCAAGCGGUCCGAGGGCGUGGCGGCCGAUCACGCGCGCGUCGCCCUCUCGCUCGUCUCAUUAACCGAAGCAAGCGCCGACACCUAUGCGACCGACACCAACGACGUGCCGCUGCUCAACGACGGGCUGCAGGCCAUGAGCCGCCACCUCCGCACCGCGCAGAGCUUGAUCGAGGACGAGGCGCGCGUCUGGGAGGGCGGCGUGCUGGAGGACCUCAAGCGGCAGCGGGACGCCCUUGUCAGCUUGAGGGACCUCUUCGACCGCCGGGAGAGGCUCGACAAGGACAACAUCCCCUCUCUCGAGAAGCGUAUCGCGGCGAACGAGACGAGGCUGUCGGCGCUGCGGGCGAAGCCCGAGGGCAUGGUGAAGCCGGGGGAGGUGGAGAAGGUCGUCGAGGCGGUUAUCAAGGACAAGGAGUCGAUCGUCGACCAGCACAACCGGUCUGUCUUCGUCCAGGAGUGCGUGCGGGAUGAGUUGAGCUACUUCCAGCACACGCAGUACAACGUCUCGCGGUGGAAUCAAGACUGGGCCCAGGAGCGCGUCAAGUACUCGGAGCUGCUGGCCGACAACUGGCGCCGCCUGCUGGAUGGGCUCGAGGGGAUGCCGCUGGGUGAUUAGGGCCCGAAGCGGGAUUCUCGAGAGGGAGAGACCGCGUGGUAAUAAUACUGCGGUCGGUGGCGCGUGUCGAUGAGGUGGCAGGAUGUUUCUUCCGACAGGGAAUACAGGGAUACAUUUGGGAUUCCAUA